UAUUUUCCGGCCGAGAUUGACUGACAAGUGAUCAACCCGAACUCGAACCCGAGAAUCGACCUUCCCUCCCGCAUUGGGUGUCCGGCCUUCGGCCCCGGCCUUCAGCCCCGGCCUUGUUCCCCGUUCCAUGAUGACUUUGGACCCGAUCCAAACCACGAGUGGCGCCAUUCAAAGUUUGCUGAUUCGAGCGUGGCGUGAACGAUGGUCCGACGUCCAAUGGGGCAUUCAAAUCAAGACCCUCAUUCAUCGAGGUUGCACGGGCGAUACGUACCAAUUGUCGCAGAUCUUGCUCAAUCAAGCUCUGAUGGGCCCUUCGCCCAACGGGUUGGUCUUGGGAUUUCUGCGCCAUUCGUUGGCCAGUCAGGUCGUGUCGCACGCCUCGGUUUUGUCGGCCGUGGCCGCUUUCCAGGAUUGGCACAAACCCCACGGAUCUGGCGCAUUGCUCGAUCUGAUCACGUCGGCCCAAGGUCACGUGACGUGCAAAGGCCGACCUGAGGAUUGCGUCCAGUUGGCCGUGGCCUUGCUCCAGGUGCAUGGAUGGCUGCUUCAAUUGCUCAGCGCCACUUUUCAACGCUUGGAAAGGCUUCGCGACUCCAAGAUUGACAGCCGGAACUAUCGACGAGCCGUGGACGCCUUGACCUUCUUCACCCAGAGUGACUUUGGCUUGACGUUGUUGUACAUCGGUCGGGGCGAGGAUCGCGAAACCCACUCCCAAGUCGUGGCGGCUGGCAAGAAAGUGGCCGACCUGGCGCGUCAAGCCCACCUGUUCGAUCAAGAGCCGGCGGCGUUGAAAGUGGAACUGAACCAAAUCUUGACCGCGCUCAAAGCGCCCGAACCCAUGCGGAUCCCAUCGCCACCCGUACCCAUGUCCCACGUGGGUUCACUGCAGCCUAUGUUGGCCUAUGAGGCCUUACUGCACCCCACUUCGGAUCUGGUCUCGCUCAGCCGUCAGAUCUACGCCUAUGGCCAUGGUCAAAGCUUAAGCUUUGCCGAACUAGCGUUUCAGGUGCUUCAGAGUUGCUUGGUCAGCUUUUCGCCGCAUUAUCAGUUCGACGUCAUCCGUUGGGACGCCUUUCUGUUCUGGCGCUUGCCCACCUUAAUUGAACAAUUGGCGUUACUCAUGAAGGUCGAGACCGCUCAGCUCAAAACGCCCACUGACCUCUACCAGGCCUUUGAGAAGCUGUUGAGCUGCCACACCCUCUUGAACGCGGUGGAUGCCGGAGGUGAGUGCAACAUCAUCAAGAUCCUUCUGGGCGUUCUGGGUCGCAUUUCGCCCCGUCUCAUGACCGAAACCGAGGUUGAUGACGUUUUGAACGGCCGAGCGGCCAAGAUGAUUCCUCCACCUGAACCGAAGACCAUGACCGGAGUCAAUCCGGAUUUCAAUGAGUAUGCGGGUAUGCCGAGCCGUAAGAUUGAGCUCACCUUGAAAGCCGAAUCCACCAUGGAUUCCAUCCUGAUGACUUUGGACACGGAUUAUACCAAACCUGACUCUAUGGAAGACCUGCUUGGUGUGUUGGCUCAUAUCAUUCAAGGGGAUAGCGCUGACAAGCUCUUGGGCGCGUCUGUGGCCAUAGGCAAGUUCCCAGAAUUCAUUCGCAGUAUGGUCAAAUUCAAUCAGCAAGCUCAAGAAAGCCAAGGCGAAUCUGUGAAGAAUUCUCUUUUGCGAGCGGCUCUUUUUGAUAUGACGUUUCUAAUGUUGAUCUAUAGCGCCCAACGGUCGGGAAGCGAGAUGUUACAGAUUGUACUGGCAGAGGCCAAGGGCACAUUUGUCGAAGGGUGGUUAAGGGACAUGUUCAUUGAAGAUGGAAACGUCAAGCCAAUACACCAAGACUCGCCUGGUGAGAAUACCAUGGUUGAUAAUCUUCUUCAACAAUUGCACUCUGGCGAUCUAAGAACUCAGGUGGUAAAAUGGCAAAAUGUGUGCGCAAACAUACAUCUAGCUAUGAAGGAGAUGGUAUUCGCUUCAUCGAGUAAAAUGCUGGACGCCAAUUCCUUUAAGAAAAUGACCCAAACCUUGUGCUCAAAGUUGUGCGCUCUGCCCGUUUGUGUGCUCACUUGGCUUAUCAGUUACAAGUCUUGUGUGGCCGAUAGUAAACUACGAAUGGGUCACAUCAUUCACGAGUUCCUGAUUCUUUUGGACCAAGAAGAGGUUUUUGUGUCCGAUAUGCCACACAAAACGGAGCGUCUAGCCUUGAUGAGAACAAUCUUGAGUCGGGUUCUGAAAGACGUGGGCAUCGUGCCACAAUCAGCCUCGUUUAAAAGUCAGCCACCAUCACUUUUGGCCAAUAACUCUGAGUCUUUAAACAUCGCUCUAAAGAAGGAAUGGAUCAAAAUUACGACUUUGGGACGAUUGGAGAUUUCGAAUGCCUACAAUCUAUUGGAAUUGUACAAAACUGGGGGCGCCAUUUGGUUCACUAGCGUGUUGAUUGACGAGCUCUUCUCGAUCGUGUACCAAGAUCAAUUGGACAAAUGGUCCAAUCUGCUCGUAUCGAUUUUCCACAUCGAUUUGGAGCAAUGCACCCUAGCACUCCUCCUACGAGUGAUCCCAGCUUAUCUGACGUGUCGAAACAAGAAAUACCGUCUGACCGAUCCUCAUGGGACCACAGUGGCCAAAGUGCUCGUGUCCUGCCUCUAUUCGGUGCUCAUCCCGGACCACCUCAAUUUCAAAAAUCCAGCCAAGCCCGGCAAGAAAAGAUCCAUUGCUCAAACUGAUUGGGAAAACGAUUUACCGACCGCGAAAAUGCAUAAGAUUCUAGGGGAUAUUGGUGAAGAGGAAUCCUCUGCCACUCCGUCGUCCUCUUUCAGUGCUCUACCAAAUACUCACACGCCCAAAUCUGAAUUGAACAAAGACGAUUUUAAUGGCUCGACCGUUUCGCAAGCCACCAAGUUCUUUCUCACCGUUCUUCAUGCCAUUAGCCAAGAGAGCACAUUGACUCCAGCCGUUCAUUUUACGGUCAAGUUCCUGGAACAAGCGGCUCUCCAAGGGAAAUCGAAGUCUCGCCUCAUUUUCCACCAUUUGAACACGCAAACCAUUUUGACUCUCAUUAAGAUCGUACCUGAACUCUUCACCAUUGGGUUCGCAGCCCAACUAUUUGACAACUCCAGUUCAACUGGGCGAAAAAAUAUGGCUAGAACAAUUUGUUUAUUGCGCAAUAUUCAUCGUAAACGUGAUUUGACCAAAGGGGAAUCAUAAUCGUUGUUCAUCCUUGUGGAAAUUGGCACUUUGGACGGAAAUAUACGCUUCGAAUUUCGUCAGGCCUCAUUCCCCAUUUCGUGGAUGAAUUCAAAGCCUGGGCUCCCAAGAUCCGAUGUCUUCUACCUCGAAAUCCCAUUGAGCUGUUGAAUUCAAAUGAUUUGUAUUGUAACUUGUUUGCUAUUAAAAUAGUUCUUAACCCAUAAA